CUGCAGGAUCUUUGACAGAGUUGAAAGGACAACUUAUACGAAAUUGUGGUUUUCUUUUAGACGUGAUGGCUUUAUUGAUGGGAGUAGGUCAUUACGUGAUAAUAUGGUGGCUUCAUGGCAUGGCAUUUCACCUUGUGGAUGCUAUUCUUUUCUUGAACCUGCGUGCUAUUUUAAGUGCAUUGGUUAAGCGGGUGAAAGGAUUUAUCAAGUUGAAGAAGGCAUUAAAUUCCCUAGACGGAUCCCUUCCUGACGCUACAACUGAAGAGCUCUCUGAAUUUAAUGAUGAGUGUGCAAUUUGUAGAGGACCAAUGGCCAGGGCUAAAAAGCUACCCUGCAAUCAUCUCUUUCAUCUUGCGUGCUUAAGAUCCUG